AGAAAGUUUACGUUUCAGUAGGUGGCGAUAUCGAUGCAAUAUCUCGGAUGCCAGCCGCCCAUAAAAGCCAAGAAGAAGAAGCAGCAGCAGAAGAAGAAGAAGGGAGGAAAAAGGGGUAGUUGAGUUGCAGCGGGAGCAGCUUAGAGUUUCGGUUGCCGAUAUGGUGAUGUUUCCAAGCUCCUUGACAGAAGAAGAGGAGUCCCUGCAAAAGAAAUAUGCCAAACUCAAGAAAAAAAAAAAGGCCCUGCUGGCACUAAAAAAGCAGAGUUCAACCAGUCAGACCAACCAGAGUGGCUUGAAGCGCACGCUGUCAGAUCAGCCUGUGGUUGACACGGCAACAGCAACGGAGCAGGCAAAGAUGCUGAUCAAGUCAGGGGCCAUUAGUGCCAUCAAGUCAGAAAACAAGAACUCUGGCUUUAAACGCUCACGAACUCUAGAGAUUAAACUCAAGGACCCUGAAAAAGGCCCUGUCCCAACUUUCUUACCAUUCCAGAGGAGUGUGUCAACAGAUGAAGACCAGCCUGAGUCUAGAAAGAGAGCCCACAGAAAAUUCCUGCAUGAGAGCUUUGUCAGCCCAGGUGACCGAUCUCGGGACGAGGAUGAUGGAGGGGGAACGACAUCCAGCCGUGAAAUGGACAGAGACCGUGAUCGAGAUGCGGACAGGGAUAGGGACAGAGAUAGAGACAGAGAUAGAGACAGAGAUCGCGACAGAGGGAGAGACAGAGAAAGAGAAAGGGACAGAGAUCGUGAUCGAGAGAGGGACCGAAGCAGAGACAGGGAUCGGGACAGAGACAGAGAUGGACCUUUCAGACGAUCAGACUCAUACCCAGAACGGAGAGGAGUGCGCAAGGGAAAUACGGUCUAUGUAUAUGGCUCUGGGCUUGUGGAGGACAGCCUGCGUUCUGCCUUCUCUCAGCAUGGCAACAUCAUUGACCUCUCAAUGGACAAUCCGCGCAACUGUGCAUUCAUAACCUUCGAGAAGAUGGAGUCUGCAGACCAGGCUGUGGCUGAGUUGAAUGGAAGCACUGUGGGAGAUGUCCACAUCAAAGUCAGCAUCGCCAGGAAGCAGCCCCUGCUGGAUGCAGCCACUGGCAAAUCUCUCUGGGCUUCUUUGGCUGUGCAGAACAGCACCAAAGGCUCCUACAGGGACAAACGGAACCAAGUUGUAUACAAUGAUGAUUUCCUCUGAGAACAUAAAUGCUAAACUCCAUGGAAAACUGUAUUGUCAAUCCAUCCAUCCAUUGUCUUAACCGCUUAUCCUGCUCUCAGGGUCGCAGGGAUGCUGGAGCCUAUUCCGGCAGUCAUUGGGUGGCAGGCAGGGAGACACCCUGGACAGGCCGCCAGGCCAUCACAGGGCCCACUCACACACACACACACACACACACACAUGCACCCAUUCAUUCCUAGGGACAAUUUAGUACCAAUUCACCUGACUUACAUGUCUUUGGACUGUGGGAGGAAACCCACGCAGACACAGGGAGAACAUGCAAACUCCACACAGAGGAUGACCUGGGAUGGCCCACCAAGGUUGGACUACCCCAGGGCUCGAACCCUGGACCUUCUUGCUGUGAAGCGACCGCGCUAACCAUUGUGCCGCCCAAACCAUAUUGUUUUGGUUCAUAUUAAACAAGUUUUUUUUUUUUUUUUAGUAAAUAACUUGUUUACUGACCUGUAAUUGUUGACUGUUUCUCAGAUGCAGCCAUUGUGCCCAUGGGCAACACACUUCACCCCCACCUUCCUAGGCAGCAAUGUAAAUGUACUUUGUACUUUUAUUUACCCUUGAUGAUCUAAGGCAGACCCAAUGACUCAACAUGACUUGUAAUCUUGGCUGCGAUAUGUUUUUUUGUGUAGCUGUACUACUACUUCAUAUAGCAGUACUAUGAUUAUGAUAUGAGGGCCUGUAGCCCUGUGAUGGACUGGCAGCUUGUCCAGGGUGUCUCCCUGCUAGGCGCCAGCAUCCCACGACCCCAGUUGGAGUAAGUGGCUUGGAUAAUGGAUGGAUGAUAUGAUUGCUGUGUAGUAUUCUACGAUGCCACUUGGUAACAGUUGAAUUUAUCUACUAAUUGCAGAGUCAUGUAGGUCACUUCCAAAAGUGUCUGGCAAAUGAGUAAAUAUAACUGUUAUCCAUAUAGACUCAGUGUACACGUUCCCUAAUUACCCCUUUGAUACAAAGCAAUCACUUUCAAACCACUUACCUACAAA